CCAUGAAAAGCAGCUUUCUACCCUCCGAGUCAGGUGACCAGGUGGUUGGAUACAGUCACGCACUGAGAUCCUACCUUCUUCCAGUGUGGAAGCACAGGAGACAAGAUGACGUUCAUCGCCAAGACUUUCUAUGACCUGAGAGCCACCACUCUGGAGGGAGACUCGGUGGACUUCAACGUGUUCAGGGGACGAGUGGUCCUGAUAGAGAAUGUGGCCUCUCUUUGAGGUACGACCACCCGGGACUUCAGUGACCUCAGCCAUCUUCAGAGCAAGUACCCCCAUCGGCUGGUGGUCCUGGGUUUCCCCUGUAACCAAUUUGGAUACCAGGAGAACUGCUCCAACAGUGAGAUCCUAAAUUCACUGCAGCAUGUUCGUCCAGGGGGUGGAUAUCAGCCCAACUUCACCAUCUUUGAGAAGUGUGAGGUCAAUGGAGCGAACACACAUCCAGUCUUUGCCUAUCUGAAAGACAAGCUCCCCUAUCCUGAUGAUGACCCAAACACCCUCAUGCAAGACCCCAAAUUUCUGGUUUGGAGUCCCAUCAGCAGGAACGACAUCUCUUGGAACUUUGAGAAAUUCCUCAUUGCGCCAGAAGGAGAGCCCUUUAAAAGAUACAGCAAGAAGUUCCCCACCAUUGAUAUAGAACCUGAUAUUCAAAGACUGCUGAAAUUAACCAAGAACUAAGAAUGACUUCUCAUCCAUAAAGCUCAAAGCUGAUAUGAUGUCCUCCACGUUUUUAAGCCUUAUUAAAUGAUAGUGAUAUUCUAAAAAAUUCAGAGAAUAUCAUCUGAUGCUUUGUAAGUGCUUAAAACUAUGAGUACAUUUCAUAUUUAUUCAAACUUUGCUUUUUAUUAAGGAAAGGGAUAGCACUUUAACUGUACAGCUUUAGAUUAAGUAACAACAACUGCAGCAAAAAUGCUUUAUUUUCCAGAAAUAUAGUGUUUAUUUACAUGUUGUGUUAUUGUAUGUCCUGUGGGAGCCUGACCAGCAGAUGGUGCUACUGAUUUGAUCAUACACAGCUCUGCUAUAAUGCAUUAACCCCCUCUAUCCCACACACAUACAAAGU